AUGAUGGCCUCCAACGAACCAUCACCAUCGAAAGCCCUCCAUCAUCGACUCCUGAAAGAUGUCGCCGAUAUACAACAGGAUCCGUACCCCAACGUGCACUUCCAAGUGAACGACCAGGACCUCUACAAUGCCUGCCUCAUCCUCACCCCUGAAGAGUACCAGCCGCUGCACCUCUUCGUUGAGUUCCCGCACGACUAUCCGCUUAAAGCUCCUGUGGUCACCAUACAAAGUGACGUAGUCCACCCCAAUAUAUACGGAGACUAUAUAUGUGCUAGCGUCCUCAACACUACUGAGGGCUGGACACCCGCGUACACGCUCAAAGGCGUACUCAUCCAGCUGUUGAGCUUUUUCAGCAGCGACUCGCUCGAACAAGAUCAUAGCGGAGACACAGUAGAUCUGGCAGAGUAUCGCCAAAGAGGAACCGUACGACGGUACACUCGGCAUGAAGGUCGUGAAUCAUCCAGCUACUACUGCGAUAGCUGUGGAUUCGGCCCGGAGUGGACACCCAAACGUAUUACCAACGAGACUUCGAAAGCGCCUACGGAAUCAGCAGCGACAAUUUCAAAACUGCUCUCGCUUCCUGAUGAGGUUGUAAUUCUGAUGUUAGAGGAAAUACCUACAAAAGACGUACUCGCGCUUGCCGACGCCAUUCCACUAGUCAAACGCACUGUUCAUUCCUACGACUUCAUCCGUACGCGCGAGCUGCAAUGCUUUUGUUUGAAGAAAUCUUACAUAAACGCUAAGCUUGGGUGUGGCAUCUCUGUAACUGGCGGCAAAAAGCCAAUCUUAAGAUCUGAAUUCGACCUGCUCAGUCAGGAGGCCUUCUUCCAGCACAAUGUGCGCCGUAGCAUUCAGGGUGUAAAAUUCGACAAGUGGCAGCCACUGCCGCUUAGCAGACGUCACUGGAACGGAGUGAAGACGAACGCGACAGCGUGUCUCCAUAGCAUACACAGCCACGCAGGAAUACUUAGCAACGAGCCUGAAGACAUCGAUGUUGUUUACCAUCUCAUGAACAGUGUCGUAGUCCAGUUCUCUGCAGAUGUUGAGAAGGGGUUCCGGCAACCGGACGAGCGGAGCACACUCAGCCACGCUUCAGAAAAGGCCGUGGAGGCCUACUUUGCCUGCUUUCAUUUGUUGCUUUGCCUCGCUACGGAGAAUUUAGCCAUUGUCAAGGCUGCGAACGAGAGGGUAAAUCGCUUCAUGACGGGCCCACAUACCAAAAAGCAAUUCCCUGAUCUCGGACACCUGCUUGUCGCCUCUCUCAUUUCGGACAAUGGACUCACGCAACCUCUCGGCUUCCAGAUCAUUAAAGAAGCCAUUCUCCGCAAUGUCGUUUGGAUGCUCGAUUCCAAAGGCGCCGAUAUGGCUGAGCUCGCAUAUCUGGAACCAUCUGCCAUAUCGGAGUAUCGCCUAGUGAAAACUUUCGAGGCUUCGACAACGUCUUACCGUCUUCUUAUGUUCAUCAGAUUGUUCGGCUCCUCCGCUCGUCCAGCAGGCAAGUCACUUGUGGAACUGCGCGAAGGGCUCUUCGACAGUCAUGGUGCACCACCACCAGGCGUUUCUGCGACAAUGGCACAGCACAUUCGUAGCAUCCGCGAGAUCAGUGGUUUUCCAGGGUUUUUGAGAGCCAUGGGCAUUGAGCAUAUUCCCAGCAAGACGGAGUUCACAGCGUUCCUUCGACGUUCCAUUACAGAUAGUGUGAAAGCUGGGUACUCAAUCGUGCCAAUGUCGCAAGCGGAGCUGUACAUGAUCCGCAAGGUGCGCGAACGUGAUGUUGAAGUUGCGGAGGGAGUAGACAUUACAGAUGCAAUGAUCACGUGGUACAACAGUGGGGAGAAGUGGUAUUGGAAUGGGUGGAAAGGGAGACCAACGUUCUUCCCCAAUCGGAAGGUCAGCUAA